GAGAGCCCCCUGCGCUGUUGACUCCCGGGCUCUUCUAGCGCUCCUCGGAGUCCGACGCGGCCUGUCCGUUCGCUGAGCUGGCCCGGCGGCUGCGGUCCCUGCGUGUGCGAGCGAAGGCCCCGCGGUCAUGAGCGGCAAGGAAGGACCAGGAGGGUUCAGGAAGAGGAAGCAUGACAACUUCCCACAUAACCAAAGGAGAGAAGGGAAGGAUGUCAGUUCGUCUUCCCCGGUGAUGUUGGCCUUCAAAUCAUUUCAGCAGGAGCUGGAUGCGAGGCAUGACAAAUAUGAGAGACUUGUGAAACUAAGUCGGGAUAUAACUGUUGAAAGUAAGAGGACCAUCUUUCUUCUCCAUAGGAUUACAAGUGCUCCUGAUAUGGAGGAGAUACUGACUGAAUCAGAAAUGAAACUGGAUGGUGUCAGACAGAAAAUAUUACAGGUAGCCCAAGAGCUCUCAGGAGAAGAUAUGCACCAAUUUCAUCGGGCUGUCACCACAGGACUGCAGGAAUAUGUGGAGGCUGUCUCUUUUCAACACUUCAUCAAAACUCGUUCAUUAAUCAGUGUGGAAGAGAUUAACAAGCAGUUGACAUUUACAACAGAAGACAGUGGGAAAGAAAGCAAGACUCCCCCCUCUGAUGGACAAGAUAAGCAGCUUGUUACCUGGAGACUGAAAAUCACACCUGUUGAUUACCUGCUGGGAGUGGCCGACUUAACUGGAGAACUGAUGCGGAUGUGUAUUAACAGCGUGGGGAAUGGGGACAUUGACACCCCCUUUGAAGUGAGCCAGUUUUUACGCCAGGUUUACGAUGGGUUUUCUUUCAUUGGCAACACUGGGCCCUAUGAGGUUUCUAAGAAGCUGUACACCUUGAAACAGAGUCUGGCCAAAGUGGAGAACGCUUGUUACGCCCUCAAAGUCCGGGGUUCAGAGAUUCCCAAACACAUGCUGGCAGAUGUAUUUUCAGUUAAAACAGAGAUGAUUGAUCAGGAAGAGAGCAUUUCUUAAGCAACUGCGCUCUGCUCUCUAAGGAGCUCCUGGGAGACCAAUUGGUGAGACUGUUCUGAGUGUGCAUUUGACUUUAUUGUGGCUUUUGUAGAUGUUUCUAGUUGUACUAGUUUGAAGUCGUAUACAGCUGUAUAUAAGUUUGUCCACAGGAACAUUUCUUAAUUCACGAGCAUUUGCAUACAGUGUUUGCAGAUGUGCUUAUUCCUGGUGUUUGCUUUAUUGUUAUGUGAACAUGCUUCCGGUUGCACUUUCUGCCACACCUACUUUAAUUCACUUUGAACUUGGAGUGAUAUAUUUUCAGUGGAUGGAAGCCUCUUAAGUGGGUGAUUGUGCAUAUAGAGAAAAAAAUGUAGUGGAACUUCUGAAGUGAGCUUCCUGUUUUAAGUUUCUUGGCAGUAUCGUGGCAAGCCUUUAAAAUAGGCUAAAUAUGUGGAACAAGAUUUGAACAAUGUAAGCUGUCAGUAUUUUUUUAAGUACAAGUUUUGGUGGUAUUAUAAUGAGAAUUCAUGCAAAAUUUUGGCCAAGUUCAGGCCAUUUUGAAUUUAUACAAAAUAGCUUCCUAGAAAUGGAUAUCCACUUAGUUUUUCCCUUCAUCACAGAUGUGAGGAAUUGGAGCUGACAUUGUUGUUUUUCACUGGUGACACUUAGUAACUAUACAUUGUCCCUAGUUGUGAGCAGGUAGGCCCGUUGUCAUGGUGUUAGGUGUGGUGGGCUUUUCUAGUCCAGCAGCUCUUAGAAGUCACAGUAGAACAGCGUCAGUGGUGGAAUGCUGACAACCCAAACCUUUAUAUUGUCCCUUGGUGUUAGCCAAUAAUGUUGCCAAAGAAAAUGAAUUAUGUAUAAUUCAGCAAUAAGACAAUUGCCAACACAGAGGAGGGAGCAUUGGUAGUCACUAGCAGCCAGAGGUUUGGAGUUCGCCUACCCCGUCAGUCAGAGCCCAUCUGUGGUGUGAAACUGGCUUGAGCAUGACCUGCCAGCUGACGUCACCACAUGCUUUCAACUAGUUUGUGAGUUUUCAGAACUUAGAUACUGGGUUUUAUUUUUGGAAAGAGUAUCUAUUUGUAAGGGCUGGUUCUUUGAAAGUGUAAUUUUUCCAAAAAUGAUUACUGAAAGGAAAAUAAAAUGUAUACAUGCCUGAUAAGUUAGAUUUGUUUGUCUUGGUGAUGGUGGGGCUUUGUUUCCCUGCUCAGUUAUAGUCAGUCCCAUUACCUAGUUUUUUUGUUUGUUUUUUUCAACUACUUCAAGUUGAAUUUAUAAGGUUAAAAUAAUGGAUUUGAAGAAUGUUUUACAGAUAUUUAAAACAAAUUUUGAAUAAAAUACUAAAAUACA